AAACAGCUGAACUCUACUAGGUGGGGAAGAGAGAAAGCGAGAUAGAGAGAGAGAGAGAGAGAGAGAGAGAGAGAGAGACACACACAGAAAGAGAGAGCUCUUUGCAUUAUUCGUUCAGAGUUGCACAACUGCUAUCAACUUUUUUUAUUGGUGCUGUUUAAGAAAAAAAAAUCCACACACUUCCUGCCUGUGACUGUGAGACUGAAAGCACUUUUUUUUGGCAUGGUCUGUUCUUAAAGAAGUUAUGAACAAGAAAUUUUUCAAACAUUUUCUCCCAUCUGAUUUGCUGCAAUAGCUUCUGAUGUCUUAUGUCUGUCAACUGGAUGAAGGAACAGAAGGAAGCUGAAGAAAAACUUAACCUACUCAACCAGGAGUUUCACUGACACUAAAAUUAAACCGCUUUUUCUAGAAGUAUCUCGUUUCAUGAUGCAGAAUUAACAGUGAUGAAAUUGCUCUCUUUUCUAGUGCAUAUUGUCAUGGAUAAUUCUUAAUUUCUUUGCAUAUGGAAUUAUACAUUUGUAUAAAUAUUUCUAAGUGCCUUCAUCUGAAUUUCAUCUGUCUGUGAAAUGUUAUUCUGAAAGUAAUCAAAUCCCUGCAAUGUCACAAAAUAAUUAUUACGAGUGUGACAGGCGAGGUGGACAGAACCCACUGUAUCCAGCUAGAAGUGUGGCAGCAGGAACUGACCUCAGUGGCAUCUGUGAGAGUGAAAAUUCCAUCGACAUCUCUGCCUAUAUUGACUCAAAUGAGGAGUUCCUGACUGACCUCUUUACCCUGAAGCAUGAGAGACUAAAGAAUACCUACCACUACCUGCCGACAGAAGGACACACUGGUAUGGGAACCAAUGUGUAUGGUUACGGGCAUCAGUAUAAUGCAGAGCGAAAAACUGGCCCAAGUGGAUAUGAGCAAGGUUUUGACCCCAGGUCAGUUAUUGUUAAAGAAGAACCGAGGGGAGAGGAUGCCCGCAAUGGAAUACGAGCAGCCUAUAACCCUCUGCAGUACCAGGUGGCACACUGUGGACAGACCGCAAUGCACCUGCAGCCGACACUAGCAGCUGUACCCCAACCACUGCGGAUACUAAAGGGUCCGCUGUCAUCUGGGAGUCCUUCUUGCAAUCCCCUUUUAAAAGAUUCUGCCAAUUCUAUGCAGCACUCGAAAUCUAAAAAGGUAAUGAACAAAGAUAGCAUAGAAUACCGCCUGCGCAGAGAACGAAACAACAUUGCAGUAAGGAAGAGUCGAGACAAAGCAAAGAGGCGAAAUCUGGAGACACAGCAAAAGGCAUUAGAAUACAUGGCUGAGAAUGAAAGGCUCCGCAACAAAAUUGAGCAGUUGACCCAAGAGUUGGAGACGCUACGCAACCUCUUCCGCCAGAUUCCAGAGGCAGCUGCCAUGGUCAAGAACAUUGGGACAUGUUCAUCCUAGAGAGCUAGUGCUAGAGAAAGACUGAAAAUUACAGUCAUUUGUAUUCAUUUUACUCUCUUUUUCUAAAAAAUGAAACUGGGAGAUAAAAACCAGGACACCAAACUUGAAUUUAAAAAAAAACAUAAAAAAAAAAAACAAAAGAGAAACAAAAAAGGGCUGGAUGCAGACCACUCCUUACUUUGUUUUGAACAUUACAAACAGUUACAUUUUAAAGUUUCUAGACUAAAUAUGUGACAACACACUUAAAUGGGUUAUUCAAAUGUAGCAUCCAUAACGACACAACGAGGACUAGUAAAGGAAACUGUCGUUAGGGUCCAUUUCUGAACUUGAUAACUCUCCCAGGCUAUGUGCUAACUGUUGAUGGCCACUGGUAAUAGCCACAGGCCAUGCAGUUGAUAAUGUUUCUGGUUUUGCCUAGGAUGGAUAUUUAAUACACUUAGUUUUUUCACUUGUGCCACUGGAUGGACAAUGUAUUGGCAAUGAGUUCACCAAAAAGAUGUAUGCAUAUGGUCUUGCCGAUGAAAUAAAUUCCAAAGUGGUAAUGGGUUCACCAAAAAGGCAUAUGCAGAAGGUAAUCCCUGUUAAAAAGUGGUUAUUUUUUUUCAAAAAUAAAGCCCAUUAUAACAAUGUG